UCAGUUUCGUAGUGGAUCACGGUAUAGGAGGAUCGUUGCAGGACGAAGUGUAGCUUUAGAUUUGUAUUACAUAUAAGUUUUUGCUGAUUCAAAUGGAUAGUUAUUAGCGUUUCUGCCUUUAUUGACUACAGUUGUCUUCCCAUAUCAUUUGCGAAAGAAAGCAAAGACUGUUUUUAUGGAAGAUACAACCUUGUAAAAGAUUUUGAAAAUUAUAACGCAUUUGAAAAUGCUGAUAACAUUGAUUUAUAUGUUUGCUACAUAUGUGCAAUCAAAGAAGAUAUCAUCUGUAAAAAAACAAUUACUCAAUAGUUUGAAGGAGGAAGAGUAUUCCAUUUUAUUUUAUGAUGUAUCUCAACAUAAACUUGUAGAAGAAAAGAAAGAAUCGAUUGAGUUAGAGCAAUCAGAUGAUAUAGUUGGAAGUCCUACUGCAUGUAUUACCGUUUCUGACUGGAGGUAUGCAGAAAUUAAAGAAUCAUUAUGGCAACAUGCAGAUAGGGAAUUAUAUACUGUAUAUCCUCAACCCUUGCGUUCAAAUAAUUUGUUUAAGAUUUCAAAUGAAUCUGAACGUAAAUAUCACUUUCUUGUACAAUCUGAGCGUAAAAUUUACCCCCCGGCCUCAUCAAACUUUAUAAAACUGGAAGAUUAUGGUCUAAUUGUAUCGUUCACAACAGAUAAAUCAUAUAUAUAUUUUAUUCUAGAGACGGAUAUUGAUCAUAUAACAAAUUUUUUAAUUACGGUGAUGCAAGGACAAUAUUAUAUUAAUAACGGCUUAAAUUUAAUACGUGUAUUAUCUGUUGUGUCAUCGGAUAAAUCAAUUGUACCAUGUAACAUACCCUGCCUAGAGAAUCAUCUGUCGCAAGAAUGUAAGAUACUUGAUUCUUCAAAGAGUGAUGACUUACAUGAAGAGAAAAAUGUUACUUGUACAAGUACUUGUAGUUCCCCCUUAAAAGAAGUUGAUCUCCCUUUAUCUUCAAAAGAAGAUGGUGCCCCGCUAUCUUCAAAAGAAGAUGGUGACCCCUUAUCGUCAAAAGAAGAUGAUGUCCCGUCAUCUUCAAAAGAUGGUCUUCUUCCAUCUUCAGAAGAAAAUGGUCCUUCAUCUUCAAAAGAAAAUGGUCCUCCCCCAUCUUCAAAAGAAGACAAUCGCCCCCCGUCUCCAAAAAAUAAAGACUCUGGUGAAUCUUCGGACGGGAAAUGUAUGUCUAGUGCUGAGGAAGACACAAUUGAAUCAGAAAUUUUCGAUCGAAUACCUCGAUCAUCAAAUAUACUUGUUUAUGCGGACUGUGAAGAAAACAUGCGUAAUGUAAAGAAUCUGGUAGAGCAUAUAGUAAGUCCAUGGAGAUAUACUGUGUACACAUUAUCAACAAACGAUGCUCACUCGAAUAAUUGGAAAGAUGAUGCCGCUUUAGUUAUUGCUGCCGGCAAUUUUGAUGCGCAAAUUAUUCGUCAACUUGUAGAAUACGUCGUACGAGGGGGUAAACUUCUUGCACUUUGCUCCAACAUGCUGCACACCCUAAUACCAAUAUUUAAGACUGCAGAAGUGUAUGAAAGCAAACUCGUUAAGUUUUCGUACGAUACAUUUAAAAAUAUCGAUAUGGUGCACGACAUCUUUUGCUACCAAGCGUCUCCCGUACGAGCCCGUUUUUCUCAAGGAAAUGAAGAAGCAAGAGCUUCUGAACUAAAACUUCCGGCGAUAAUUGAAGUUAAGGAUAAACAAAAUGAGUCACAUACAUUUAGUGUGAUAGAAUUGGGUAGAGAAGAAACGUGGCACAAUCCAAGUUUAUUGCUCGCAACUCUACCUACCACCAACGGUAAAAUAGUGUUCUCCCAAAUUCAUUUAGAAACAGAUCCAACGCAUUAUGCAACCGAGGAGACGAGUAUCGCUAUGCUCAAAAGGAGUGACAAUGCGCGUUUCGAAAUAGUCCGUCAUCUGUUUAAAAACCAAUUUAAGUUGGACAUAACUCAUGAACCACCUGUAAAAUAUACUCCAGCUUACUUUUUAGGCCUAGUGGAGAAAAAAAGAGAAAUGCUGAAAAAUUUGAAGAGUAAAUUUAUACCGGAUUAUGUGUUAAAAAUGCCGAAAUUAAGCGUCCGGUUUUGCCAUGCCAGAGCAGCAAAUGUACCUGCAUCAUGUACUUUUCUUCCCGUUUUGAUGUAUAUGUGUCCAAUUGGAUUCAAUACCGUAUCAUAUUUUGAUAAUCUCCACACAGAGAAAAUAGGUCGUUUAGUAAUAUUCUCGGAUGUCCUAACGUCGUCUAUGGAUGUAACUGGCACCAAACUCGAACACGGUUUGGCGGUCAUCGCACGACAGCAAACAAAAGGAAUCGGACGAGCCGGUAAUACGUGGCUUAGUCCAAAAGGUUGUGCUAUGUUUACCGUACAAGUUCACAUUCCUAAGGAUUCAUUUCUCGGCAAACGUAUCACAAUUCUACAACAUGUUGUUACUGUAGCAGUUAUAUCAGCUAUAAAGUCGAGACCAGAAUACGAGGAUAUUAAUCUUAGACUGAAGUGGCCUAAUGAUAUAUAUGCCUAUAAAAAGAUCAAAAUUGGUGGCACGUUCAUUUCUACUACGGUUGAAGACUCAUUGUAUAUUUGCAACAUCGGUGUUGGCGUAAAUCUCGACAAUGACGUACCUACAACGUGUAUUAAUAGUCUGAUUAAGUUUUAUAAUAAAAAACAAAAGAAAAACACUCCACUAAUUAAAUACGAGGAAUUCUUCGCAUUUGUAUUUGACGAACUGGAAGAGUUAAUAGAUGAGAUACAAAGCAAACAAAGCCUAUCUUGGUUCCAGACUCUCUAUUACGAAUAUUGGUUGCAUAUGAAUUCAAUGGUUUCGGUAUUAUCGGCACCGCCGCCAUGUAAAGAUGUUAUAAAUGGUACAAUACAGGGAAUCGAUGAUAACGGAUUUUUAUUAGUAAAUAGAUUAGAUGAUAAAAAACCUACUCAAAUACAUGUUCACCCGGACGGAAAUAGCUUUGAUCCUUUAAAAGGAUUGAUAUUGCCGAAACAGAAAAAUUAAAAAUACUAUACUUAUUAAUUGUUGCUGACUAUGUAUAUCUAAAUCAAAAUUUGUCACAUAUACAUAUAAUUACAUGUAUACAAUAUAUACAUAUAUAUAUGACAUUAUGUAUAUUUAUGUAAUAUAAAUAUAUAUGUAUAUACAAAAUGCAUGCUUACAUUCGUACAUACAGAUAUAUACAUAUAUAUAUAAUCCAGUAUGUGAAUGUAUAUACACUAUAUACAUGCAUAUAGAGAUAUAGAUAUAACAGAAACAGGAUAUAUAAUAGAAACAGUGAAAAAAAAUGUAAGAAUAUAUACCACCACGUAACAGACUUGGGAUUGAAAGAAUCAUCUAGUUCAGAAUUUGAUCAAAUACAUAGGAUAAUGCAAAAUCGUUCACUGGUCAUAAGUGCAUAACAAGUGUGUUGUCAUUUACACGCAUUAAUAUCACAUUUAUAUUCUUUUAUUAUUUUUCACCAAUAUAUAUGCAUUUGCAUUUGUAUGUAUGUAAGAUGUACGUUGGUGGGUAUUGUGAUAUGUUCCAAAAAUGUAUGAAGACUGAAUUUUUUGUAUUUAUAUAUACAGCUAUUAUUUUAUGUUUUAUAUUUUUAAACUAUGUGAAUUAAUUGUGUAUACAAAUUGUAAUUUUUUAAUUAAAAACUUUUUAAUUUGCA